ACAAGAACACGAAAGAAGGUGUGGGGUCCACGGCUCAUCCUCUCGGUCGCACCGAGCCAACCCCGAUUUCCCCUUCCGCGUCCCCCUCGCAUCGUCACCCCACCGCCGCCGCCGAGUAGGCAGCGUCGAUGGCGUCGUUGCGGCCCCUGCUCCGCCGCCUCGCGGCAAUGGCCGGCGGCCGCGUCCGCGCCAACCACCGCCUGCUCUCCUCCGCCUCCCCCGCCGCCGUCUCCGCCGAGCGGGCGUCGCGGUCGCCCGCGGAGCCGGAGACCGUGCGCAUGACGGAGGGUUGCGUUCGGAGAUUAAAAGAAUUACAUGCUGAAGAACCAUCUGCUGAUGGUAAGAUGCUGCGGUUAAGUGUUGAAGCUGGUGGAUGUUCUGGGUUCCAAUAUUCUUUCUCUCUCGAUGACAAGAAAAAUUCAGAUGACAGGUUCUUUGAGACUGAUGGUGUUAGAUUGGUCGUGGAUGACAUCUCAUAUGACUUUGUGAAAGGUGCCACUGUUGAUUAUGAGGAAGAACUUAUACGUUCAGCAUUCGUGGUCUCAACAAAUCCCAGUGCUGUUGGGGGCUGCAGCUGCAAGAGUUCUUUUAUGGUCAAGUAGCUUCGACUUUAUAAGCUUAAAGAGAUGGGUAACCGGAAAUAGCAUUCUCUGGCAAAAUGUACCUUUUAGAUACUGAGUGUACAAUUGGCAUCUUUGGUAGUUCUGAAUAUGUUUCUUUCUGAAUUUUGUUACUUGUUUUAAACAUCAUCACAAACAUUCUGUUUCUAUUUGUUUCGCUCUACCUUGUGAUGACAAAUCUAUGUACAUGUGAUCAUCUGGCCUUUAACACUUAUUUUUUGUUGCUUCCAAAAUUCUAUAUAAGAUGAACAGUCUUUUGUUGUACUGA